GAAAAAUACAUUACUCACAAACCAUUUUCAGUAACAUAAUAGCAUAUUUUAGACUGACCUAGGUCAAUAAAGGACCACUGAAAAGAGCUUAUCUGGAACUAAAGCUUUAGGAUAUUGUUUCAGACUUGGAUUACCUUCUCAAUCCCCUUAGAGUCAGUGAUAAAGGAAUAAAGCAAAACACAGAACCCAAGCUCUCCCACUUUUUGAGUAGUACUGAUAUUCUGGGAGUCCUACAACAAAGAAGUAAUGUUUAAAGUCUUUUAGUUAUUUUGAGCCAGAGGUAAGAGUUGUUUCGUAUUUGGACUGAGCCCCAUUUAAAAAAUCUUAAUUAUUCAGAGAUAAAGACUGUUUCUUUCUAGAUAGCAGUGACAUUUCUGAUAAUUCUGAAAGACUAUACUGUUCAGCCAUACACAUAGCAUGCUAUGCUACUAUAACAUCAAAAGAUACAGUAGUUACUGGAAAAAAAAGCCUGUGAGAAGGUGGAAAAAAGGGAAAUGAACUGAUCAGCAGUGGGGAUGAUGGGGGAAAGAUGAGUUAUUUUUUUUGUUAAAACUGGAGAGCUCAGGAUCAACUCCUACUUGAAUCUGUGGCUUUUACUUCUGAAAGUAAGUGGUAUGUAGGGGGACUGUUAUGUCGCUGCCUGAAGUGAUGAUUGAGGACCUGGUGAAGGGAGUGGCUGACCUAGAGAGCACAGAUGUAAGCAAUUCACCUGUGCUCCCCUCGUAACUGGAAGGGGUGGGCCCUGCAUCCACUCCUUCUGGGCUCAUUUAAGGGCUAGCCCCAGAAAGGAGAACAUCUUCUGGCUGAAGGCUGCUUCCUGAGAAGGAGUGCUUCCCCCCCAUCAGAGCUCCUCAACACCAGCUGGUAAUCUUGUGCCUCAAAACACAUCCCUGAUGAUCUGCAGGCUUGGAGGUGGAGGGCAAGGGGAAUACGUACCUUGCAGAGAGCUGCUGGAAACAAGAAGCAAGCGGGAUUCUCCUUUUCCAUGGUGUGCCAGCACACUGAGGGUCUUCAGUGAGACCAGCAGCAACAGUAUGAACCAGGAGGCAGUGCCCAAGCCCAUUUGUCAGGCAGCUUAUAAUAACGAUUUCAGUGAAGUUCAGCUCCUCCUGGAUAAAAACAGCAACUACCUGAAUAUCCAGGACAACUUUGGAGGAGAUACCCCCUUAAUCUGUGCAUGCAAGCAGGGAAACAACAAAAUAGCUAGCUAUCUUCUAAAAAAGAAUGCUGAUGUCAACCUCAGAAACAAGAAACACCGCACUUGUCUACAUUAUGCUGUGAGAAAACGAUUUACCUUCCUUGAUUAUGUGCUCAUCAUAAUCCUCAUGCCAGUUUUGCUUAUUGGAUAUCUUCUCAUGAUCUCAAAGACAAAACAGAAUGAAAACCUGGUCAAGAUGUUGCUUAGGGCUGGAGCUGAUGUUAAUGCUACAGACUUUUCUGGUAGCACAGCCCUUCACUAUGCUUGUGAAAUGAGAAACCAGGCGGUCAUCCCCCUACUGCUUGAAGCUCAUGCAGAUGUUUCUGUGAAGAAUCAGAAUGGGGAGACUCCUUUAGAUAUCGCAAGAAGACUACAGUUCAGCAACAUUGAAAGCAUGCUACAGAAAACUUCCUAACAUUUGACGAGAUUUGAUCAGGGACUGCUGAAAGUGCGGAAAAAUCACUCCAUCAGGCAAUCCAUCCAAUAUAGCAGCAGGAGUCCUGCAGAGGGCUGCGGACUGGUAUUUGAUAGAUACUUGGUCCAAACUGAUGUAGACUUUGACUAUUUUGUAUGAGACUUGUGAGUACGCUCAAGGCUGUGUGGACUGCAAGGAGUUCAUUUGCUUUUACUAAGCUGUGAAUGAGUACAGUUGUGUUCAAAAUAUUGCUCUUCCCAUCUGCUCCACAAGUUUUACUGCUUGACUUGCACAAAAAAGUCUUCUGGAAACCUAAGCACCACGCAUGAUGAUAAGCAGCCAAUGAAGAAACAAAAUACCCUUUACAGUCUGCAUUACAUCUUCCAUAGGGCAUACAAUUGACAAUUGUAAGAGUAUGCCACAGCAACUUAUACAAGGUCAGGCACCUUUUGUUUUAGUAUUUGCUUUCCUGCCAUGAGAAUGGCUGUUCAAAUAGAUUGCUCUGCUUAGCAUUUCUUCCCAGUUUGCUACAAAUUUCACACACCUUAGUUCUCAAGAUGUUGCUAUGAGAGAAGGAUUAUCUUACAUUUUUACAUAAAAGAAACAGCAAGAAAAGAUUGAAUUAUUGGAGUCCAGAAACAAAGCCAGUUCCCAAGUUGCUUUAAUGCAUUAAUAAAUAACAGUGAAAAUCUG